AUGAAGUUUAUUUCUACAAUUUCCAUCCUCACCUUCCUCGCUACCCUGACGCUCACUACCGCCACCGCCUCCGCAGCCGAAGACCCAGGUAUCCGGUGCGAAUCCGAGGCUGACUGCCCUAAGGAUCUGCCUGUUUGCUGCGGCUUCGAUCCAAGGAUUCAGUACUGUCUUCCCGAGAAUACGGUUUGUUGA